AUGGAGAUUGCAAGUAUUCGCGGUUCGCUAUUGGUUCAGUGGCGAGCUAUUGCAAAUGAACAACGGGGUGACGACGGCAUCGAUGACGCCGAGGAGGCCGAAGGCUCUUGCGCCCGGCCCUCAAACAUUCAGCGUCCUGAAGUCUACAUGUCGAAUAUGGGAGGAACAUCUACGCGCGCACAUACAUAUCCUAUGCGAUUAGAAACAGACCGCAGAGCCGAUCAAACUAGGCGGUGGCUUCUGGAUGGCGGCCUGGCAGUAUUAGAAAAUUUGCCUUCACUGCCAUCUCAGGAGGAAGGCGCGGCCGAGGAAGAAGAGUGGGAGAGGGAAGCGACAUCUACGUUGGAAACGCAAGGGUGGAGGACGGACCAUGCAUUCCGUGUCUCUCAGCUGGCCAUCAUCCUCGAUCGGACAAGUUCAUUGCUAGAAACCUUUGCAGCUGGACUCAGGGAUGGACGCUUCGAUCCUGAAUCGUCAGAUUCUGCCGCUCGCGACUCAAGUCAUUCUCGAGGCUUACCUACAAGUUUUGGAAGCCAACUAGCCAUGUACGUCGGCGCACUAGGAGAUGACGCAGUGGAGCGAUAUGAGAUGUUCUUGACUUCGCUCGAACUGACUGCGGACAUCAACGAACGUCGAUUAGCAUUGACUCGUGCACGAGAACAUCAUGAUGGUGUAAACGUUCACAGGGUGGCAGCCGUCACUGCUGAGUGAACUAUCGAUAGAGCGUUCG